CACCUUUGUUCGUGGAUUCUGGGUCGGGGAUAGUCUCGACGCCUGAGGAUUCUGCCGAUGGGGUAGAGGAGGAGGAGGAGGAGGAGGAUGAGCUUGCAGAGAGCACACAGCACUCCAUUCUCCCCAACAGCCAGGAUCUUUUUAUCACCCUGACUGAAGUACCCUCCCAAGCCUCCCAAGCCAGUACCCAAGAUUCUGACCCCAUGGAAGGGACCUCAGCAGCUGCAAAUUCCUCAAGCCUCCCUCCUCCAUCCCGAAGGUUAUCACAGAUAAGGCGUCGUAAGAAGAAGACGCGGGAGGACAUGUUUUCUGAAAUUAUGCAAUCCAGCAGGAGUGACAGAGCUCAUCUGAAUGAGUGGAAGGAAACAGUUUCAAAGUAUAGGAAAGAAGUCAGUGAACGUGAGGAGAGGAGGGACCAACGUGAGGAGAGGAGGGACCAACGUGAGGAGAGGAGAGACGAUCGAGAUGAGAGAUGGCGGCAGGAAGACCAGAGGAUGAAGGAUGCAACGCUGGGGCUGCUCCGGCGUGGACUUCCAUUGCAGGAAAAGAUUGAAGUCAAGUUCUCAAUGCAGACCAGUGAAGAGCAUUUUGCCCAGAAAUAG